AGACGGUAGACCCGCGACAAGAAAGCAUCUGACCCCGACGACCAAGGAAGCAUCUUAUCGCAUCGCAUCAAACGGAAUCACCCCCACCAACAAUCCCCCGCCUCGACGCCAGCAGGUUCGAAACAAAUACGUGCCCAGCCCACCAAGGCGUUCGCUUCGCGGCCAGUCUCCCACGCCCAACUCCGCGCAGCCUCGCCGCCAGGAGACAGGCGUUGAGUGAGGAUGGCGAGCCCGCAGUGCUGCGCGAACCCGCCGACGCUGAACCCCGCCGGCGGGGAGGGCAGGGUCGUCGACGACGGCUUCGGCGGGAUCGCGGCGUACGUUGCUGGCUCCGCCGGGUCCAAAGCCGCAGUCAUCCUCGUCUCCGAUAUCUUCGGGUUUGAAGCGCCGAAUCUGAGGAAGAUAGCUGAUGAAGUCGCUUCGUCUGGAUACUUGGUUGUGGUGCCAGAUUUCUUACAUGGGGAGCCAUAUUCACACGAAAACGCCGAUAGACCAUUUCCAGCGUGGAUAAAGGAUCAUGCCCCGGAAAAGGAAUUUGAAGAGGCAAAACGAAUAAUUGCCGCUCUAAAGGAACAAGGAGCGUCUAGUAUCGGGGCUGCAGGUUAUUGCUGGGGUGCAAAACUAGUUACCGAGUUAGCGAAGGCUAAUGAGAUCCAGGCAGCUGCUAUGUCUCACCCUUCUUUUGUUAGUGUUGAUGAUAUAAAAGAGACGAAAUGCCCCAUUGCCAUACUUGGAGCUGAAACCGACUUUAUGUCCCCACCUGAAUUGGUCAAGCAGUUCGAGCAGAUUUUAUCCGACUCAGGGAUUCGUCACUUUGUCAAGAUCUACCCUGGUGUGUCCCAUGGGUGGACUGUGAGAUACAACAGCGAUGACGCAACUGCUGUCAAAUGGGCCGAGCAAGCCAUGGUGGACAUGACCAGUUGGUUUAACGAGAACCUGAAGUAGCAGCCCCAAUUUAGGAGUCUGCUUCUGUAUCCACUGAAAUGUACUCCCUCCGUUCUAACUCUUUUGUGAAUCGAAUGUAUAUAGACAUAUUUUAGUGUGUUUGUUCACUUAUUUCGGUAGUUUAUAUUGAAAUAUUCAAAACAUCUUAUAUUUAUGAACAGAGGAAGUAGCAUUGUACUGUAACGAAAUGUGAUAUUUGCAGUUUUGGGAGCUGAUAUUUAUGCUUGCGCUCAGUUCACUGCACAGUUGCGCCCCACUGAGUUCAUUUUUUUGCACUUGCAGUGCAGUGAACUGGUGCACUGUUCUUUGC